CUAAUCCUUUCUAAGAAAUUUAUUCUCCUUUGCAAAGAAAGGCUGAUGAACAUGUGCCCAAACUCCUUGCUAUAGUUAACACCAUUGAAUCCUAUAAAUUUCAACAAUUUGCCAAGCUCAUGUCCCAAUUUCAUUGAUAUAAUAGAGAAAAAAAGAGAGGAAAUAUUAGAUUAUAGAUUUGAGGCUCGUUACCCCCCGCCCCCCAAAAUAAAAAACCUUGACCCCUGUUACCAAGGGAAUGUCCACUCUUAUUGAAGAGGAGAUUGAGGUGAGAAAAGGGCCAUGGACCACGGAAGAGGAUACGCUCCUAACCCAUUACAUUGGUCGUCAUGGGGUAGGUCCUUGGAAUAUGUUGGCAAAAUGUGCAGGUCUUAAGAGAAGUGGUAAAAGUUGCAGAUUAAGGUGGCUUAACUAUUUGAACCCUGACAUUAAGCGCGGAAACCUCACUCUCCAAGAACAACAAUUGAUUCUUCAACUUCAUUCCCUGUGGGGAAAUCGAUGGUCAAAAAUUGCAGAGCAUCUUCCGGGAAGAACAGACAACGAGAUCAAGAACUAUUGGAGAACAAGGGUGCAAAACAAGCAGCCAUCCUCUUCUUCUUUGAAAGAAAUGAGCUCCCAAUUUUCAGUUCCUUGUCAAUUACCAGAAUGCAUCGUCCCUUCAGGUUCAGUCAUAAACAUUUCAGAGCAAAUUGAAUUUCCCCAACACGAAACAAGUCCAAACGCAUAUGCCCAUACUUGUGUCGACAACAAUAACCUAGUUCUUAAUGGAAGUUACAAUAUUGGCAGAAGUGGGCAGGACAUGGAGGCAUUCAGACUGGCAUCCAUGUCAGCUGUGGGUGAAGGGUGUUGGAUAUGUAAUGAGAUGACAGAUAGUUUAUGGCAAUGUAGGGAGUUGGGAGAGAUGGGGAACUAGUAUUAGUGGAGUCCAAUUAUCCUUCAACUUGAAGGCUCCCCAGCACAUUAUAAUCUUUACUGACAAAUCACAUUGGACUCACUACUUGUGUGAUAGUUUAAUGCUGUGGCAUAUGACCUGUGAUUAAGGUCAUCAAAGUGACUUUCAGUGGACAGUUUUAUUUGUACUAGUACUACUGCUAUUGUUUUAAGACUUGGGAAUUAAGCACCCUAUUUACAAUAAAUACUACGUUUUCUUAUGGGUUAA